AAGACCGUUGCUGCGUGCCUGCUUUGUUGACAUCCGGUUAUAAUACACAACUUUUUCGACUUUCCCGGCUGAAACAUUCAUUUAAAUGGCUUCAGGUUACCGAAAACCAACCUCUUCGUCUGGUCCAAGGAAAAAGGCAGUUCCCAAAAUGGAACUGAACGAGGAACAAAAGCAAGAAAUUAAAGAAGCUUUCGACCUCUUCGACACAGAUGGCACUGGAACAAUAGAUGUGAAAGAGCUGAAGGUGGGCUCCUGGUCUAAUAGAGAUGGCAGGACGUGUUUGUCUGAAAUGAUCGACGAGGCAGACCAGGACGGCGACGGUGAGAUCAACGAGAUGGAUUUCAUGAAGAUAAUGAAGAAGACCAAUCUUUACUGAGCGUGUUACGGCCUUCCUCUGAGAUUCACUUUUGAGUCUAAAACCCUUUUUACAGAAGCUCUUUUUCUCGGGACAGAUUUGUGUAGUUUGUGAAUAAAUAUUUUAACAUACUGUAUCUUUGCACAGCUUUUUCUACAAUGCAAGGCAAUAAAAUGUAUUUCAAAACAUGUU